ACAUAUCACAGAGACACUAGUGUCCCUUCUCUAUCCAAUUAUAUAUAUAAAGCUUCCAUUGAGGGGGACCUCGAAGCUAUCCAUUUUCAGAUCUCUCCUCCUCCAAUGGCCAACUCCAGAAACCCUAGAAAGCCCGUCAAGAAGAACCACCAAACCCAGACCCAGACCCAGAAUGCCCGGAAGCCGGAGGAGGAGAAACCGCCGUCUUGGGCGGUGGUGAGAAGCUUCCUCACCUGCAAACACGUCGUCCAAGCGCCGCCGCCGCCGCCGCAGCAACCAAGCCGGCAAGAGAAGAAGCAUCAAAAGAAAGAGCAGCCGUCGGAGGAGACCGCCGGCAAGAAAUGCAAGAAGAUGAAGUGCUCGGGCUCUCUAUGCAGCAACACGAAGGUGAUGCACCGGCCGGAGCCGGCGUCGCCGCCGGAAGAGAGCAAGAAACUGAGGGCCAGUUCUUCAAUGGAUGGCUCCGGGAGAUCUUCAGGGCUGGCUGCUGUUGUUGUUUCUAAUUGUUCGGGUAAUUCUGGUUCGAUGUCGUCGUCGGGGGGUUCGAGUUCUUCUUCUUCGGCGGCGGGGUCGUUCAGAGGGAUGCCGUUCAGGAGACUGUCCGGGUGUUAUGAGUGCAGAAUGGUGGUGGAUCCUGUUCUUGGGUUCACUAGGGAUCCUUCUCUCAGAGCCACUAUCUGUUCGUGCCCUGAUUGUGGUGAGGUCUUCAUGAAAGCUGAGAACUUGGAGCUUCAUCAGGCUGUUAGGCAUGCAGUAUCUGAACUGGGUCCGGAGGACACGAGCAAGAACAUAGUGGAGAUCAUUUUCCAAUCUAGCUGGCUGAGGAAACAAUCCCCAGUCUGCAAAAUCGACCGCAUCCUCAAAGUCCACAACACCCAGAAAACAAUCUCCAAGUUCGAAGAGUAUCGCGACGCCAUUAAAGCCAAGGCCACCAAGCUCCCCAAGAAACACCCCCGUUGCGUCGCAGACGGCAACGAGCUCCUCCGCUUCCACUGCACCACCUUCGACUGCUCUCUCGGCCUCAACGGCUCCACCAAUCUCUGCAACUCCAUCCCCACCUGCAACGUCUGCAGCAUCAUCAGAAACGGCUUCAAGGUCGCCGCGGCGGCGGGAAAAGGCAUCCUCACGACGGCCACAAGCGGGAAGGCCCACGACGAGGCAGCCGGAGCUGGGCCGGACGACGGGAAGAGGGCGAUGCUGGUGUGCAGGGUGAUCGCGGGACGGGUGAAGAAGAGCUCGGAGGGGGUGGCGGAGGAGUACGACUCGGUGGCGGGCGCCGCCGGAGCUUACGCGAAUUUGGAGGAGCUGUACGUGUUCAAUCCUAGGGCUAUAUUGCCCUGUUUCGUUGUAAUAUAUGGUGGCUUUAAUUAGCUGCAUUUUUCAAUUGUAAAAAGGAUUUUAAACAAGUUGAAUUUUGUUCUUA